AGGUAUAACAAAGACAACACUGGAAGCACUUAGCGCGUGUCUAACUUCCACCUACUUAUCGAUAGCUAUCCUUUUCUCGUGUCUUCACCCUUACGUGACUUAUUUCGUUUAGCCGCAUAGGAAUUAUUUCAUCAAAAUACUGAGAUCUUAGAAAGUCCUAGGUUCAUCUUAUUAUUUCAUCAAAGGCUGACCGAGGUGGAGAGACAGCAGAGUUCAAAAUAAGUUGUGAAGAAGAGAUACCGAAAUAAACAACAAAGGAAAACUCAGCGCCAUUAGGUCUAGAGAUAAAGUCUGAUUAUAGUAGUAAGUACUCUCCUUUACGAAAUAGAUACAGCUAACGUUUUACGCGGUCCUCAUUAUGUUGCUAGUCCUGAAAAUAUACGAGAAGUGCUCCGCCCUCGUCGCCAAGACGUCUUCGAUACUCUUGAUCCUUACUGAAGUUGUGUCGGCAGCAAUUUUCACAAGCCGUGGCGCCGCAUCUUCACCUGCGCCUAGAAAGGUCGAACGUACAACUAAUUUAUGAAGAAGGCUUCUUGUAGUUGUUGUUCAGUCACUCUUCUUGACCCACAUCUUCUACUGCAAUUAUGACCUUGGAGCCACGUGAAUACUAAGAAGGAGAAACUUCCCAGAAUCUUCCCAGAAUCUUCCUGCUUGAGCCUUUCAAAAGCUGGCGAAAAAUGGCUUCGGAAUCUUUCCAGAAACUUACCCCAAUCACGACUCGGAAACUUUCUGGAAACUUCCCAGAAUCUUCUCAGAAUCUUCCCAGAAUCUGCCCAGAAUCUUCCCAGAAGUCACGAAAGUGGCGAAGUUCUUGCUCACGUUACUCUUCUUGACCCACAUCUACUUCAAGUUCAAGUGCGACGAUUAUAGAACCCUCAGUAGUUUCUCUUCACUGUUUGGCUCGUCCACGUUAGUACUCGCGUUACUUCCUUUUGUUGGGCCUUCUCGUUCUCCCCAUAGAUAUAUAUUUAUAAGUUGCUCUUUUCAGGGCGGCUUAUAGACACUACACUAUCCCUAUGGGCGGCUUAUACACAUUACCCCUAUGAUGUUGAUUCUCUUUCUCUUUCUAAGAACUACAACUAGUCCACCUGAGACGAGUCAUGGGUCUCCGGACGGACAAGAUACGGCGUUUCUUUCUAGAUCAGCUCGAGAUGGUAAGCGCCCUUUCCUUGACCAACGGGAGCAUCUCUUAUGGCCAACUAGUAAGUUCUUAGGGGUAGGCGUAGGUACUAUUUGAGAUAAUUAUUAUGAUGUUAAACUAACAGCUCUGAGUAAGUAGGUACAACAACAACUCCAUAGCGAGGAUCGAUUGAUUGAUGUGCCCACUCUUGGGGUGUAGCGUCUCUAAUUACAUGCAAGUCUAGCUGUGAUUCCUUUUUUCCUUUGUUGCGAGUCCAAUUUCGCCACUCCCAGGAGCAAGAUGGUCUAACUCUGAACAUGCUUCCUACUCUUAGUACAGAAGCCUUAGCAGUCGCUGUAUGAAUAUGAUAGAGUAAGUUGUACCACUUCUAGUACUUACCAGACGAGAAAGUCUAUUCAUCGCGAUCGCUCUAAAGUUGGACUCAAUUAUUCGUUCCACAAGGCUGCAGAUGGAGGACCACUUGCGCGCGCUUCGUUCGACAUUGAAGAAGUACACCACGGCGCUUGGUGAUGUUAAGGCAACAUGAUUGAAAAAAAGACCUAUAUUAAUAACUAUAAGGUGCACGACAAGCAGCUGCACAUCAUAAUCAAGAAUUAGCAGUAGAAGCAAUAUCAACUACUACUAUUAGGAAGUUUUAUCUCCAAAGUGGACCUAGUAGACUCACACCUAACCUAACCUAAUGAACUUGCAUAGAUAUGAUUAGUAGAUUUGAACGCGAGACAAGUAGUGGUGUCUGCUCUAAUCUUCAUGCGGAGGAUCGCAACAAAGAGGUGGGGGACAUGGAUGGCGAAGAACAAGGGAACGUUUCAGCCUUUGCUGGCCCUGAAGGAAAGGGUUCCGUAGCUGGCGAUGGAGAAAACGGUUCUGUUGCCGGCGAAGGAGACGUGGUUCCUGUUGGCGACGAUGGCCAAGGAGAGGAUGGUUCCGGUGGAAAAGACGGGGACCAGGAUGCUCUAAUGUCAAUGUCUGGCGACGAAGAGGAGCCUUGUCAGGAAGGGCAAGGCCGUGUCCUCACUUGUAGUUCUCAGGAGCAGCCUUGUCAGGAAGAACAGAGUGGUUCUCACAGUUGUUCUCAGCAAGAUCAAGCUUUUUUCCGCGCCUCCCAGCUGCACGACGAAGAAAUGGAAUCUUUGAGGGAGCAGCUGCGGGUGGUCAUGAACGAGCACAACAAAAAAGUGGAAUCGUUGAAGGCGCAGCUACGGCGGGUCGAGACACGGCGACGGAAGCUCGAAGCCGACAACCGACGUUACCAUCUUUUGACGGUAAAGAUGGCGGAACUAAUUCAUUUUGACAACCAGCCUGUGCACUAUGUUGAGCAAUUAUAUUUUUACCGUGUAGUCUCGCUACAUUUCUUGAAAUUCUAGGCUCUACAUGCUUACAGGAGUGAGCCAUAGACUUAGGAACACAAACACCUAAUCAGACUUGUGGAUUAGUAGGCAUUCUCAAUUCCUAGGCUCUAGCUUUACACGAGCAGAGUUUUCUACUUAUUUCUAUUUACUGGAGAGUACGAUGAAGUAAAGUUUCUUGCAACGUCUACAUGAUUUUACUUCUUACUACAUGUAAUGUUCUAUUUCUAAUCAAACGUGCUUGACUCAUUGAGACAGGUAGUGAAAUUUGGAUGGGAUUCCAUGCAUUGGCGCCGCGGCUACACAGUGCUUCACUUUGCUUCUGAAUUUAUGCUCUGAUAAAUUCGGUUGUAGUAAAUGCAAGACUCUCUACGUCGAACAAAGUUGAAUUCUGAAAUCUUCACGACUACUAGUACUUCAUCUACUAUUACAGAGGUAAUAUCAACAGUUGAACUACUACUAGAACAAGAACUCCAGAUUCUUGAUCAAGAUAGGGUAUAGCGAUAGCUUACUCUACUUCGAUACCCCUCUAGCUCCUCGAGUAGUACCUCUCAGGAGCAGCCUAGCAUGAGGGCCCUCCACAUAUAAUAAUAAUGAUCUCUGUGGUCUUUCUAGUAUGAUCUGCUCGCUUCCCUCUGCUCUCACUGACGCCCUAUCACUGAUGCUAUGCUCUCGAGCCUCUCAGAUGAUAUGCGUCUAGGUACAUCCCCUCUUCUAAUAUGUGCCUAGAUGACAGCCGCCUAGUGGAGCUGUUUGCACUUUUAGCCACCGACAUGAGUGCGCGUGAUGCUUCAGGAAGACGAGCUUUGGAUUACGCGCGCAGAGAGAGGAAGACAUACAAUUAAGGGUUGGAAGUUGGCCUAAUCUCUAUGAACAACAUCUCUAUGGCUCCCUCUUCAACUUAAGAAAGCCAUACUAGAUCAUAUGCGAGCUAGAGAGGUCAGCUUUCAGCCCCUAAGGUAGCGUGGGAGUUUUGGAGAAGGUCAGGAAACAGAAUUAAGGCGAGGCUCCAGACUUAGAUAGAAGGUGUUCCUUUGUUUGAUCUUCGCACUGUACUGAGAUACACUUACACUUGCGAAGAAGCUUCAAGAAGUCUUGCCCAGCUUCAAAAAGGAGGAAAUGUUUUGGCCUCUCUAUCGUAUAGAAACGGGAGAACAUCAGACAGAGGCAUACUUAGCUUUAGCUAACGGAAUCCUAAGGUGGUAGCGCCAAAACAAGGCAGCUACAUCCACCUUUAAGAGAAAUUUUUGGAAGAGAGGAUGCAAAGGUUUCUGUUGCAGAACCUGAACCAGAAUAAUAUCGACAACACACUGGCACUGCAAAUGCAAAUUCCAGACAACCUAACGCCGAUCUUGCUUAAGCAGGCUUCCCCGAAUCCAUCUCUAUACAUUUAGGGGCCCCUCAAGCUUAUGCCUCCCAAUACAAGGGAGAUGCUGACGCAUAUUCUUGAGGGAUCUCCACAGGGAUGAAUUGGGAAGAGGUCUAAAAUACAUGACAGCAUCGAAGGGAUCUUACUGCUGGGGUGGAAAGCUGUGAGUUAAGGCUUGCCUUAAUCCUAUCCAUGAUCCUUUGAAGCAUCGCGCAGCUGUCUUCCCAUUAAGAGGAAAAGAACAGCUCCAAGAAGAUGAGUCCCCCAGGUGGUUGGAUUUGGGUGCGGCCUCCUAAGAAAAAUGGCCAAAUGAGUUCACGAUUCUACACUUGGCUUGUCAGAGUGGCGCACUACCAGCGGUGAGGUUUUUGCUGGAGAGGGUACAACAGACUGCUUAGACUUUUACUUAAAACAUGCUCAGCAAGAACAUGAAAGUCAAUGCUUACAUGCUUUGCACUCUUUGGAUAAAAAUGUUACUUACAACCUUUACACUUGCAUGGCCCCAAACCCAAAUGUGUUUUUACCUUUGUGUAGUUUUGUCUUUAUCAUCACUGUAGGUUCCCGGCGUUGCUCAAUGCUAUGCUGAGGUGGACAAUCACAAUCAAAGACCGAUUGACUACUCUAUAGUCGAGGGUCAUACAGAAGUGGUGGAGUACCUUUUGGCGUUUGAUCCAGAGAGUAUGGGUGCUGGACAAGAAGGAGGCGCAGCCGGUCAAGAAGGAGGCGCAGCCGGUCAAGAAGGAGACGCAGCCGGUCAAGAAGGAGACGCAGCCGGUCAAGAAGGAGACGCAGCCGGUCAAGAAGGAGACGCAGCCGGUCAAGAAGGAGGCGCAGCCGGUCAAGAAGGAGGCGCAGCCGGUCAAGAAGGAGACGCAGCCGGUCAAGAAGGAGACGCAGCCGGUCAAGAGGGAGACGCAGCCGGACAAGAGGGAGGCGCAGCCGGGCAAGAGGGAGGCGCAGCCGGGCAAGGAGACACAGAUCGGAAUCAGAAUGAGUCUCGUUCUCUAG